CACAGACGUCCUUGACCCAAUCCCUAAAAAUAUCUUUAGAGUGGACUUUCCCCAUCACUGCCACUGGUUGUUGAAAAUGACUUUUCGUACAUAAAACAGUGUCACUGUAAUCUACAGAAAUAUUAUGUCACAAGUCUUAUGGUUUGUAGUUGUGGCCACCUUGUGGGGAGGAACAAAUCCUCUCAUAAAAAGAGAAAGUCAAGGAGUUGAAAGAAUAAGAAGAAAUAGCAAAGUUAAGCAGAUUCUUGCAGAGCUCUAUUUCCUAUUUUCUAACUGGAAGUACUGUAUGGCAUUUCUUCUGAAUCAAUCUGGAUCUGUGUUAUUUUACCUGACUCUAGCUUCAGUUGAGUUGUCCUUAGCUGUUCCUGUGACGAAUUCUCUCACUUUUAUAUUUACUAUGUUAUCUGGUCAUUUCUUGGGAGAAAAGAUUCAGAGUUUAGAAACAUUCAUUGGAGUGGCUAUGGUUGUAUUAGGAGUAGCAUUGUGUGUUUCAAAUAAGGUUUAAAGAGGUAUAAAAACCCUCAUGAUGAUUGAGACUUGCCAGAGGAACUAUUGAUUAACAUAUUACUAUACCUCUCCCACGAUGACAACCUCACUAAUAUUGAAAAUGUUUCUCAGAGAUUGAAAGAGAUAUCAACAUCCUGCCCAUUGUGGAAAACUGCUCCAGCACCUAAAGAUUUUGCAAUACACAGAUAUAAUGAAGAAUUUUUAAAAUCUUUGUUGAUCAAGUUUACCAACACUGAAAGAUUCAUCAAUACCAAUUCCAAAAGAGCAGGCAAACUAUUUUAGUUGAUAUGGUGCACCAUACAUUGUGUUAGCAAUUUAAUAGUUAAGGAGAGAUAACUCUAAAUAUGAUCCCACAAGUUGAGAUGUUUGAACUACUAGCAAUUUUUUAGUUAAUGGGAGAUAACUCUAAAUUAAAUUUAAUUUUAAAAUUUUGUUAUCGAGUUAUGACUUUUGUGUGUCUCUUUAACUUAUUACAGCUAUGCAUUUAUGAGUUAAGAUUGUACUAAAUGUAUUGUAUAUUAAAAUUUACACUUGAAAUGUUUUACAAGUAACUUUUCUAAUUAAAUUUAUAUAAUAACUGUCA